AUGGGCAUAGCAAGAACAUAUUUACUCGUGUUCUUGCUUUUUCUAUCACCAAACGCUUUUAAAAGUUCCGUUCUUGAUGAUAUGGCAACGACAAAAUUCACUUUCCGAGGCUUCAAAGGAAACCAAACCGAAAUUCAAACAGAAGGAGCUGCGGAAAUCCAGAGCAGCGAUGGUCUACUUAGACUAACUGAUCGGAACCACAACGUCACCGGAACAGCGUUUUACCGCAAACCGGUUAGAUUACGUGACCGGUCGCAAACCAAUUCAACCAAUUCAUCCGCAGUCAAAAUAUGUUCAUUUAGCACUUCUUUCGUCUUCGUUAUAAUCCCUUCCAGUCCCGGAAACGGCGGGUUUGGCUUCACAUUCACACUCUCUCCGACCCCAAAUCGUCCCCGAGCCGAAUCUGCUCAGUAUCUGGGGCUUUUGAACAGCUCCAACAACGGGAAUACAUCUAACCACGUGUUCGCUGUGGAAUUCGACACGGUGCAAGGAUUUAAAGACGGCGCCGACAGAAGAGGAAACCACGUCGGUCUUAAUUUCAACAAUCUCUCCUCCGAUGUGCAAGAGCCACUCAGCUAUCACGACACCGAUGACCGGAAAGAAGAUUUCGAGCUCGAGAGCGGCGAAUCAAUCCGAGCUAACAUCGAUUACGACGGACCCAGCGGAACAUUGAACGUGACCGUCUAUCCGACGCGGUUAAGGUUCAAACCCACGAAGCCGAUGAUCUCGCGACAGAUCUCGAAUUUAUCGGAGAUCGUGGAGGAAGAAAUGUACGUCGGAUUCACCGCCGCGACGGGGAAAGGCCAGUCGAGUGCUCACUAUGUGAUGGGUUGGAGUUUCGCUAGCUGUGGAGAAAAUCCAGUGGCGGAUCCGCUCGAGAUCUCGGACCUUCCUCCGGCGCCGCCGAAUACAAGCCUGAGUAACAAAAAACGUUACGGUUCUCAAGUCAUCGCUUUGAUCGUAUCGUUAUCGAUCGUCACAUUGUUCCUGCUUGUGUUGCUUUUUCUAUUUAUCAUGUACAAAAGGCAAAUCGAGGAAGGAGAGAUACUAGAGGAUUGGGAAUUCGAUUACCCUCGUAGAUUCAGUUACAGAGAUCUCUACUUAGCGACGGGGAGAUUCAAAGAGAGCGAGAUCAUCGGCGCCGGAGGAUUCGGAGUCGUGUACAGAGGAAAUCUACCUUCUUCGGGCCCAAUCGCAGUGAAGAAGAUAACUCCACAUAGCCUACAAGGUGUUCGAGAAUUUGUCGCAGAGAUCGAGAGUUUAGGGAGAUUGAGUCAUAAGAACCUCGUGAAUCUUCAAGGAUGGUGCAAACACAAAAACCACCUCUUGCUGAUUUACGAUUACAUCUCCAACGGAAGCCUUGACUCGCUGCUCUACACAACGCCGCGACAAACCGGCGUCGUUUUGCCGUGGGACGAGCGAUUCCAGAUUAUAAAGGGAAUCGCGUCGGGGUUGCUGUAUUUACACGAAGAAUGGGAACAGAUCGUGAUUCAUAGAGAUGUGAAGGCGAGCAAUGUGCUCGUGGAUGCGGAGAUGAACGCGAAAUUAGGCGAUUUCGGGCUCGCGAGGCUUUACGAACGCGGAACGCAGUCGCAGACCACGAAAGUCGUUGGGACUUUGGGAUACAUGGCACCUGAGCUCACGCGAAACGGCAAAGGCUCGACCGCGUCUGACGUUUUCGCGUUUGGCGUUUUGUUGUUGGAAAUCGUUUCUGGGAGAAGACCAACGGACACGGAGAACUUCUUCUUGGCUGAUUGGGUUAUGGAGUUUCACUCGAAUGGUGGAAUCCUUCGCGCCGUGGAUCAGAAACUCGGGUCUAGUUUCAAUGGCAGAGAGGCGAAGUUAGUGCUCGUUGUGGGAUUGCUCUGUUGCCAUCAGAAACCAACGUCACGUCCAACGAUGAGAAACGUGAUUAGGUAUUUGAACGGCGAUGAGGAUGUUCCACAGAUUGAUGGAAACUUGGGAUUCUCGGAUUCUUCGAGAGAUUAUCUAAGAACGAAUGUUGUAGGAAAUGUUUCAUCUGAUAGAGCCUCAAGCUCGAACACUUUUUCUUAUUUAUCGGAGGUUUCUUCGAGUUCGCUCUCUAAUGGUAGGUAG